UUCCGGCCCGCUCCUUUGCGAUUGGCUCCUCGCGCGCUGAUGCCCGUGCGUCUGAGGAUUUCAGUGGACUGACCGCUCGAGCUCCUUGCGUCGAUCUGCCGGAGGUAUUUUCAGUCCAUCACCAUCCACCUACAUGGUAUUGCAUGCGAGUGUGGGUGCCAAGUAGAUCUGGAAACGCGCAACUGCGUUCCGACGGGCUUGGACUGGUAUUUGUAAACUGCGACAAGGACGCUGUCGGAAACUGGUUAAAGCUGCAUUUUGUCGGUUGUCGUUCAAGCCGGAGGUGUGUGGAGUAUGGGCGCGCCUUGAGCAUCAAAGUCGACCAGGUGCGUGACCUCUACCGCUGGUGUGUGCCUGCAGAGCUGGAAGAUGCGCUCGAUGGGUGCGCACACGAUUUUGCCUCCCGAGUCACUAGCGCCCUUCUUGCUUCGUUUGGGGGCACGCUCCAGCACGCAGUCGUACUGCAAGAUUCCAGCGAGCUUGCAAUCGGCACCAGAACUGACGUGCAAGGUAGCACCGCUAGCCGUGGCUGGGUUGGGAGAGGCAGACUCUGGGAAUGGCAUCGCGGGUGCCAGGUCGCUGUCGGGGGACCAAUGAGGGGCGAAAGGGUGACAGCUUCGACGAGCGGCUCUGAUGCGAUGACCCAACUACACAAAUGCGUGUGUGGUCCGCAGUUACCUGGCUUGAGAUGGAUUCAGAAGAGCCUGCAAUCAUGAAGCGAUGCUCACCACGAUUGCGAGGCCAAUACGGACGAAGGAUAUGAGCAAGAAGGCUUAUUAUGCGCAUCGACCCAAUCCUGACGUAAGGUUGUGACUGAGUUGUGGGAGUCCCCUCUGUGAACGAGUGAGAAAGGUCGCCGAUAAGUGCCCAUGGACGUUGCUGAGCGCGCUGGCCCCAAUUUUCCUGCACCUUUUUCGUACGACAAAG